GUUUUGCAGAUUAUUCUUAGAUAUGACGUCAUUCUCGUUCAGGAAAUUCGUGAUAUCUCAGGAAAAGCAAUUGUGGACUUACUCUCUUUAGUAAACAAGUGAGUGUCAGUGUAUACUAAUGAGGGUAGGCCUCGUUCUCUGGAAAAAGAAACAGGGUAUCUCGACGUAGAGAGUGGAAAGUAGAGAGAUACUAGAAAGGGGUGAAAGACUAGACUGCAAAGUGGAGAUGGAGAGAAAUUGGACAGAAAGAUUGGUUCUUCAGUUGUGGUCGCGCGCUAUUACGACCACGACCACGACCCCAUUAAAGCUGCAUAGCUUUUAAAAAUCGUUGUGGUAAAAUACAGGCUGUCUGUCAUUCUGUCUGUCUGCUACUGAAUUAGUCGAGCCGUAGACGUUCCUCGAAUGUCGGCUAGUUCCAGCCUGGUUCCUAAUCGUCAUCUGUGAUCUGGGAUUCUCGGAUGUGGGGUAAGCCUGUCAGACGCCCUCGGUUCCAAGCCGCAUACUCAGAUAACGCGAACUGGCCUGGGACCAGUGCAGUUUAGUGCCAGUUCAUUAUCAGAUAUACCAAAAUUUCGCGAGGAACGGGAACGAGGUUUUUUUUUCCAUUCAAGGGUCGGUCAGAGGGACUAAUUCUAGACCUCUCCCAUGUUGUUUAUUUCCUUUCUCCCGCACCGCUCUCUCCUCCGCAGAGGCUCCCGCUGGGUAUCCCCCCCAAAAUAGCUGUAAUGGAAAAACAGGAGGCCCGCGGGGAACGAUGGGAAGAGGUAAAAGACCGGAGCCUUCCCCUUCCCAUCAUGCCCCCGCGCUCUCUUUUUCUUUCUCCCCAGCCUCGCUACGACACAAAGAGGCCUCUACGGAGGAGAGAGCCGCCUGCACAGCCUUUCUCAUCGUGGCCUUUAUUCUAGUAAGUUGUGUUUAAGUGGCCUCCGUUGCUGUAGUCGGCCCAGUUCUUCAAAAGACGAUCAAGUUUAACCCCGGGUGAAGACAAAUUUUAAGCAGUACUCUCGACUGUAAAAUGGAGCUGGAGCUUAUAAAAUACUGUCGAGCGUUUACUCCGAAAUCCCGUUAUUUUGGCAGAAAACCCUACUAUAAAUAUUGUUAGAUACCUUUUCAUUCGUGUGGGCACCUAAGUUUAAAAUUAUGACCUAAUCGUGAGUAGCCGGAAAUCUUUGACUCGGGACUCCAGGCAAAGAGCUUUUAAGGGCAUUGAAAAGGGGCCCGAAAUCAAAUUUUCAAAUCGAAAUAUAAAGAAUAAGAGCGCAGGUCCUGGCUAACUGAACGGCUUCAUUUUGUUUCAUUAACUGAUAGUUUUAUUAUGUUGGAUGCAAAACUAUUCAAACCUCUAUCUUGCAUGUAAACGACAACAGCUUUACGGGCCCAUUAAUUAUCGGGACUUUCAAGAAACGGGCCCCAGACCUCUAUCAGACUCUAUCCUACUCAAUCGUAAUACUGUUUGAGGUUUUUUUACGAGAUUGUUUUGUUUGAUUGCUGUUGUUUUUUUAUACAUAUUACAGAGCAUCAUCAAGAGGCCAAUAUGACCUGGAAAUAAGCCCUCGGUUAGGAAGAACCUUCAGCAAAGAGCAAUACGCGUUUUUGUACAGGUGAUAAGUGGAUAGUUUCUCUCAUAAAGACUAUUUUUAUAGAGUUAUUUUGUGUGCCAAAAAUCUCUCAGCAAGCUCUCAGCCCGCAAUCAGAAGGUAUUACGAUGAUUUCUAGCGAAUAAAUAGUACUGGUGAUGACGAUGUGUCAAUUUACUCAGGAACAGUGAAGCCGCACGUUUUACGAAAAAACAAAGAAUCUUUAAUACUAAGGCAAGACUCUCUUCAGCCUUCCCACUUCCAGUCUCUAGCUAUAGGCGGCCCAACCCCACCCCAUCGACCCCUCUCCAUAUUUAAAUCAGGUUCCGCCGUCUCUGUUAUUGGACUGAGUAUUUCAACUUCAUAUUCAGUUUCUGAGCCAUUCAGUACUUCUCCUCAAUUAGAAGUAUAUACCACGCGGAACAAUAUUUUCAAAAGAAUUUGUAGCUGCAAAGGAAGAUGCUCAAUUUUAUAUAGGUAAUAUGCUGGCGAACAUAUGCAGGCUAUUUUAAUGGUUUUACGUUUUCAGUGGUGGUCCUUUUUCGCCCACAGGAGAGACGUUUUAUCUGUUAAAAAAUCUUACGUUUACGAUGAUGGCCAGGAGAGCGAGACGAACGACACUUUUGAAAGGGAGCCAUUCAUUGUGCACUUCAUGUCGACAAUGACAAGUAAGUGAUGGUCUCGUUUUAUCAAUGGUCCCAUGAGUGGGAUAUGUAUAUACCUGAAAGCUUUCCUGUAUAUUGGGGUCACAGAAUGAAGUGGCAAAUAGUAUUCGUAGUCUUCAUGGAGAUGGAUGUUCACUGACAAGAUUAUCGCGAGGCAGACACCUGCUAUGUUCGGCACCCUCUCUUUCAGAAAAAAUGCUGUAGAUGACCCCUCUGUAGGUAUAUGACCCGGCCAGAAACCAGAAAAAUUGAAAGAAAGAAAUUGGUCACGGAGUACCUGCAAACUGAGUAUUAUCUUAGGCUAGGUACAAAACGAAAUCAAGGAAGUAAUAAUCUUUUUCCUAGUUAAUUCCAGUACUUUUUCUCAUGUCCAACCCAGCUCAACCCAUCUACAGCGACAAGUUGCACUCGUUGUUGUAAACCGUUUACACACAAUCUCCCAACGUUCCUUUCUAUCCGGGGAAUAUUGUCAAUAUUGAGGAUGACAUUGCAAAUCUAAUUCUCAGUGAAAAAAUAAUUUUACAGAUGUUAUUCAGAACUAAACGGGCAGAAUUUCAUUGCAUUGCAGAUGUCAGGGAUUUUGUCCUUGUUGCCAUACACACUUCUCCAUCUGAAGCCCCUCAGGAAAUCGACGAGCUCGCAAAUGUAUAUGACGACGUCAUCAAGAGGCUCAGUAUAACAGAUGUCAUUAUUCUUGGGGACUUAAACGCAGCCUGUAGCUACAUGAGUGACAACGAUUGGCGGACAAAUCGCUUGGCUAAUGACAAACGAUUUCAUUGGCUGAUCUCUGAUUGUGUUGAUACUACUCUGGCAGGUGGACAUUGUGCUUAUGAUCGGUGGGUAAAAUAGGCCAUUUCUGAAUUCCAACAACCCUCACUUUUAAAACGAGGCUAAUUGUAGACCUUUCUUGUAAAAAUGAGUUUUGUUUCAUGAGAAGUGCGCGGCGCUUCUGUUCUGGAGUUACCUAGUGUUGACCUCAGUCCUUUUUUCGACUUCUUUCGUUUCUGUGUAGCCUUAAAUAGCUUUAAAUACCUGUAAAGCGGAGUACUGAUAGAGAGAGCGAGAAGGGCGAUAAAAUAUGUGCAUCGUCGGCCUCAGGUUUGUCAGUCAGGCCCCAGUUGUUAGCUGGUUGUUCAAACGUUGGAUAGCGCUAUCUACUGGAUACCUUUCGAAUAAAACCUCUUCCACCGAGCUUUCGCUCGUUGUCAUUUGCUUUUCAGAAUUAACAUAACAAAAGAAAUCCUCGAUCCUGAAUUUUGAUCUAAGGCAUACUGGGGUGUAAUUAAAGUGUUAGUUCCUAUGUGGCUUAUAUUUCAGAUUCGUUGCUGCCGGAGAUGGCAUCUUGGAAUCCAUAGUUGAAUCAAGUGCGGGGAGUUUUGAAUAUGAUCAAGUUUUGGGCGUCAUGGAAACUAUGGUUUCGUAUAUUUAUUGUUUGUUGCUUUUUCUUUUCCAGUUUUUGCAUGCAGUCGUCCUAUUUUAUCUAUUGCAUAAAAAAACUGCACACAUCUUUGUUAUAGCCCUCCCGGUUACAAUCCUAUUCAAAUUGUAGACAGGAAUUUUAUUUCGGUUACCAGUACGUCCUCCACGGUCAUUGGCCCCAUCUUUAUGUAUCUCUCUUUAUAUUUUGUGGUUCAAUAAUUUUAUCCCUGGUUUAAAUUUUAUUUCCUUUUGUUUUAAACUUAUUAUCAGCCAUUACCAUACGCUAAAACAAAGGGAAAUAAAAUUUAAACCAAGGAUAAAAUUGCACCACAACAUAUAUAUCUUGUUCUGUAAUAAGUUAAAACUAGACCUUUGAAUUUUUUCUUUGACUUCAAAUUAAGUACGUGUCGUUAUUAGGUUGUUUGAGACAUAUAAACUUAUACGCUUCCCAGGAAAUAACACCAUCCGGCAAACUUCUUACGAAAUUGUAUCAGCCCAGGUAACUUGGAUUUUACGUUAUUUAAUUCAUUCUACGCAGGCAUCCAAGGUUAGUGAUCACUAUCCAAUUGAAAUGCAACUUCUUUCGAAGAGUAAGUAUGGAUCAGCUUUUCUUUUACUCAGUUCAAGAAUGUCCAAUCAAAAUGAAAAUCUGUAAAAAUUACACUGAAAUUAUAGAGGAUAAAAACCACUUUUAGAAAACUGUGCAGCAACGUUCACGCAAUUUACAACAAUAGGGCCUAUUUACGCAUCUCAUUGCAAUCGCAAGCUUUUUCUCCCUCUGUGUGGAUUCGUCCUAGUUGAAAAAAGUGGAGCGCUGAAGCUUGCUUCGAAUUCAUAAACCCGUCCAUAUGUAAUGAAAAUUGAUGACGACGAUGGUUGUAAGAGCUGAUCGGGGGCGAGUCGAUGGUCGGGCAGCGGAUCCUAAUUAUGAUGGAUUGAUGACGUUGCAGUGCUAAGUACAUUCCAUUCGUAUGAACGUAUUGCGAGAUCAACUACUUACUUGAAGAACCGACUGCUACUCGGAGUUAUUAAUCGAAUAAUUUAAAUGAUUGAACUGCCCCUUUUGAAACCCGGCUUGAGCCGACACUUCGUAAUGAAAUUAAUAAUCAAAGUUAAAAUGUCUAAUAAAAGAUCCGAGCUGUUCAAUUUUUUUUUCUCUUCUGCAAUCGCUUUUUUAGGAUCGAGAUACAAAACUUCUCAUCGCCAUUUUUCUGUUCUUCUCUUUGCUAGGCAUGGCAUCAACUUUGAAGAACAUAAACAAGGCGGUUGAAUACACUUUUAAGAUGAAAAAUCCUCCCAGCUUGAACAAAAAGACCGUUUAUGGAAUGAGGAAGACCUUGAAACAACGAAAGUUUGCGGUGAAAACGACCUACUCCAGUACAAGGUCUAUCAGCGGCGUGACAUUCAGCAAAACCUUUAAUAACAAAACAGAAGCUUUAAACGUUCUCUAUGAAAUUAAAGACAAAACUCAACCUGUAAACAUGGUUUCUUUUGAACAGAUUCAAAUGGCGGAAUUUCAGAUUGAAGGGCCGUGGGGCAAGGAUGAAAAACUGUCAGCUAACAGUUUUGGAGCGGUAAAACUUGUUUGCGAAAUUCUACCCUCGGUCAGCUGCUGGGUUGCUUUAACAAUCUAA